UCGAUUGAUUGGCAGAUCAAUCCACCGUCUUCAUCGGCACUGUCGUCCGCGUCGUCACACCGGACGACCGGCGUAGUCGGUGAAUUGGACAUGAACAAAUCGCUAUACCCAAGGCACGACGAUGAGCAUGAAAGGAUGGAGCGGAGAGAACGGGAUAAACAAGCCCGUGCCCAACUACAGGCCGAACGGGAACCGGAACCCACAGCACCACUAUUUGCAGCACCGGUUAAAGUGCAAAGUCCAUCUGACAUGGACAUGCACAUCGCACAGCGACUCGGAAGCUUUGAAGCAGCUAGAAAGCACAUCCUGGAACCGUCCACGUCGUAUCAUGUGAUCGGUAUUGCGCCAACUCCUUCGACGCCUCUACGUCCCUCGAGCGUGAUGCCCAGCCUGGUCUCUGGCAGCCAUCAUCGGUCGCUUCCACCAAAAACCAAUAGCAAUAGUAGUAGUACCAUUAGCAAUAGUAUCGCCAACUUCGUCAAGCCGGCCGACAAUCGGUCAAUGUACAAUGGACGACCAUCGUCGCUGUCGGGGACGAGCGCGGCACGAAACAAUGUACCAGCCCAUUACUCGUCCUCGACUUCCUCAUCCUCUUCCGCACCGGGGUCGUUCAAUAAACAUGAGGUGCAAGGAUUCUCAUCAAAAGGGCCGCCCUCGUCCGUUCCACCUUCAGCGAUGAACGGGCUAACUUCGUCGGGUGGAAGUAUUGGCAGCAAUAGCGGCAGAGGAGGACCAGGCAGUGGUGGCCCAUCCUUCGGCAGUGAUAAGUUACCCUCGCAAAUGUCCAACGGUCGAUUGCCACAGGUUGCAAAUGCAAAAAUGCCUAGAGUAACUUCAAGUGAUAUUUCAACUCCGCUCAAACAGGGCAGCAACGUAGAGAAAAUUCUGCACGAGAUGAAGAAGAACAUCUAUACCCCGUUGACGGAGAUCGGGGCCACACCGCGUAAGGAGUCAGAAUCGAAGUUUAGCUUCAACAACCCGAGCGCAAACACGAGGCACGUUUAUGCCACCCCGCCACUAUUGGGAUCCCUGAAACCAUUAUCGGGAGGUGCCACGAAAUCGUCCCUUUCCGGAAUGACGAUGCUUCGUCCACUGGGCUCCAACUUAGAGGACGAUAAUCAAAACAAUGGUUCGGAUAGUGAUGAUGGUGGCGAUGGUGAAUCAAAGAAACGAAAUUCUAGUGAUACCUCAUCGAACGAAAGCGCAGAGGAAUCUUCAAGCGAGGACUCCAACAUUGGCAAUAAGCGGAGAGGAAGCAUCCCCAUUUUAAGCGGUCCAAUGGGUGGCGCAGUAAACGGGAAUGUUGGUAGCAUAGCAGGAGCAGAAAUUGGAGUGACUGAAACGGCAGGCCCAGGAGGAGGAGGUGGUGGUGGUGGUGGUGGUAGUGCGACUGGUAAUAGCAGUCCCGUGCGGAGACCCAGCGAUUGGUCGCUUUUAAACUUCCUUAAACAGCCAACCAGCAGUAGUCAACAAGUGCCAACAAGCGAAAGUGCCCCUCAUACUGGUGGUGUUACCGGGGACCGCUCCGGUUCGCAUCAUCAUCAACACCAACUCCAUAAUCUGCCACAUGCGCUCGAGGAAAACUCCAUAUCAUCUCCAUUGCGGUUGCAACGAUUGAGCGGUGUCAAUGACGCUGGGCAUGGAUUCAUUGCCUCGCCGAAUGCAGAUGGUGGACGUUCAACAGCUGGAGCGCCGGUAAAAAAUGAACCCCUGCAACCGCUAGAUGACGACCACCUGUCAAAUGCAAGCAGUAGUGCGAGCAAUGGCGAAUUGCCCGCGGGCCAGGGUUUACCUUCGUCCAGUAUCAAUGCAUCAUCCUCUUCGUCGUCGUACGUAAAGCAGGAACCGUAUCCCAGCGAAAAUAGUGCCUCGCCUCCGCACGGUAUCAAAAGUGAGCUAAAGGAUGACGUCGCCGACCGGUUAUCGUUGUCUAGUCCCACGAAAAGUCCGGAGCAACAACAACAUCAUCACGUUGGUAGUUUUAGCCUUCACAAUCGUCAACAGCAACAACACCUAUUCGGUCCCAGUAUCGUCGAACAGGAAGAAGUGAUAUGUGCCCUUCAGGAAGCCAAAGAGUUUAGCCUGAGUUUAGCCAAACCUAUCUCAAGCAUGUCGGAUUCCGAUUCUGAUGACGCAGAUAUAAUACCCCCUAUGGUCGGCGGCGAUCUUGAGCAACAUCGUGUAAACCUGCAUCACGUUAACCCGCAUAUAUCUCAUCAGCCAGAAAGUGAUCCGGUAUUGGCUGGCAAUGGUGUUGCACUAAUGUCGGUACCAUCUACAAACGUAACGAAGAAGAAAAAGUGGAAACGUAAGCUAAUUACCGGUUCCGGGAACGAGCGAGAACCUCGCGAUUGUUCAACUAGUAGCAGCGAAGACGAACGAUAUGGUGCUACGAGACGAAGUCGAUCGCAGUCCUUUGAGAAGGACAAAACACACAUGAAGGCACGCGGUCGUGCUCGCAAAGGACACAAAAGUAAUACUCAUAGUAGUGGUGGAUGUGGAGGUGGUACUACGAGCGCGGCAUCCAGUGCACGUUACUCCGAUGCAGACUCGAUAGCAAGCGGUAGUGGCCACCGAUCCAGCAAAACUUCAUCACACGGAUCGACACCAACGAAAAAGAGUGGCGCUUCGUCGGCGGUUAAUUCCAUUGGGUACGCUCACGGGGCAAGCGAUUUAGGCGGAAUCGCAGGUAUAAUGAGCCCUCCAAUUAGCAUACCGUCGGUGGAUAGAAUUGUUCUGUCGAAAAAAGUAGCCUCCCGCAAGUCACGCUCGUCGAAAAUUCGCAGCAGCGAAACGGUGCUUUCCACGGAGAGUAGUUCCUCGUCGUCUGGUUCGUCUGUUGAAGCCGGUGGACGUGUAUCGUCGGAGGAUUCUGCCGAUUCCGAUUCGGGACAUGAAAGAUCUACCCCGGUACCGGUUGAGAUUGGCCCGGUUGUACCAGCGCCGAAGAUGAAAAAGCAUAAAACAAAGAAAAAACUCGAUAAGACGACGGUGCCUGUUGACGGUCUUACGGCUAACAUAUCGGCCAGCAAGGGAAGCAGACCGGCGAUUGCUAACGAUGUUGCGAUGAAGAAUGGACCCAGCAAUGGUAGUGCAAGCAGCCGAAGUAACAAUAACUAUCACCUGCACAACCUUUCUUCCGAGAGCAAUGAUGAGGGUCCUGCCGUAAGUUCGUCGCCGUUUGAAAGCAAUGGAGCCAAAGUGGCAGAAGUGGCAACAGUAGGAAAUUUUCCGAAGAAAAACAGCAAACUGUCAACGAGCCAAACUUUGAUCGAAGAAGAUGAAUCCCGCCUGCCCAACGCCAACGGUAACAAAACGGUCGAUGACGAUGACGAUGACGACGAUGAUCGCUCGGAUACGCACAGCGAUAGUGAUAGCGAUACUCCAACCAAAAAAGAGACGAAGCAAAAUAAAAAUAAGAAAGCGGCUUUGUUUGCUCGCGUGUUUAUAAAUACAGCUGCAGGUAGUGGUGGUAAGGGAAAGGGCGGCAAAGGCAAAGGCGGUAAGGGUAAAGGUCAAGUUUACAUUGACCAUGUGGACGAGCUAAAUGUGACAAAAAGCAAUGGCGCUUCAACGACACCAAAUACGACUAAUCAAACUGGAUCCACCACAGAGCAGCGUCGAUCAACAGCACAACAGCAUAUCACCAUGCCUGAGCUAGUGGGUAAUGUGAACACACCACCGAGACCAUCCUCUGAAACGGGUGAGAGUCCUAGACCAAGCAGUCGAGCGACAGGAGCUGCUGCUGCCGUCUCGCCUACGCUGGACAAGAUGCUUUUCUCACAUACCAGUGGUGCCUUAAGUAACAGCAACCUUUCCCUUGUCUGUCGGAUUGAUCUGAGUCGUCUAGUAAAGAUUCCACCGCCACCACCACAGAUCCGAACACAGCCUGGGCUGCGAACACAUGAUAUUUACAACGCACACCGCAGUGCCUCUUCCGCGCGACAGAAGAGCAAUAGUCCCUACGAUCAACAGCAUGUCAAGCGGCGCCGGAAUUCGGUUGGCCAGCAAGAGCACCAUGAUCGAAGUGGCAGCUCAGUGCACAGUUCCUCCUCAACUCCGAGGCUGCUGGAAGAUCGGGUGAUGUACGGGGGAAGUGUUCCAUCUCGUGGUCUGGCGGACGAAUGUUCUCCGGUAUUAGAAAAUGGUGUAUCGUUGCGACAUCGAAGCAAUUCCAUUAACAGCGAUCACAGUGGUGCCGCACAAAAGGCCCGCGACUAUCGUGGUGGAAUGGAUGCUAGUUAUGGUGGAAGCAAUUCACCUUCGAUACAUCCGCGACAUAAUCAUCUAACUGCCUACGGUAACCACCAUCAUCAUCUUGGCAGUCAAGCUGAAAACAGCUCUAAAGGUGUGGAUAAUGAAAAAUACGACGAGAAGUUGUUGACGAAAUCCGAAAAGCUCAACUACGACGAACAACGCCUUAAAGAGGAUAAAGCAUCCUCUUUGCUGUAUGCCGAUAGUCGUGGGAAGGGAAAAUAUUCGAGCUAUGGCGGAGUUAUCAAACAAGAAGGCAAUGUGGGAGGGACACAAUCAUUGAUCAAGCAAGAGUACAACAGGGAUGACCUUCUGGUGGAUGGUAAGCUAGGGAAGCAAACUGUGGGACCUAUCAUGACAAACGGUACGAUAGGAGAGGGAGAAUCCAUCGCUCCAUUGGGUGGAAGUGGACGUACGCGUAAGCGGUCCACCAGUGCUGGAAGCAACAACACGUAUAAGGAAAAGCGCCGAAAAAAGGAUAAAUCAUCCUCCAAUUCACAGACUGAUCAACUAGAACAACUUCCUCCGACCAAUCAUGACCGGUUAGACGAGUGCCCUCCAGGUGCGAACUCGGGAAGGACAGCAAUAGCACCGGAGCGAAGCUCCAUCGGUGGACAACAACAUCCGGCAGCAUUGCAUCACAGCAAUUCCAAUCAUCAAGUUCAGCAGCAACAAUUGUUAUCGGUCGGUCCAGGCAAUGGAUUUGAUGCAAGCAAUGCACCAAUCACGGACAGUAUCGGUGUUGGACCACCAGUUGAAGUUCCGGUACAGAUAAAGAAAGUGUAUGUGUCGUAUUUCGAACGUAACGAGGAAGUACCGGAAAUACGGGACCAAAGCCGUUUUCUGUCAGAAGCUAAGCGAUUAAAGCAUGCCGCUGACCGAGAAGGAGAUCAUUUAGCGCAAGCAAUGCUGUACCUGGAAGCCGUGCUGUUCUUCUUACUCACCGGAGACACGAUGGAGCGCGAUCCAAUAACCGAAAAAGCUGCCUUUACGAUGUACAAAGAUACGCUUUGUUUAAUUAAAUUCAUUUCGUCCAAAUUUCGUAGCCAACUUCAGAAUCAAACACCUCAGGGUAAAAUUCAUACCAAGGUGGCCAUUUUAAGUUUGCGCUGUCAGUCGUUGAUAUAUCUCAAGUUGUACAAGAUGCGCCGACUUGAAAUGAAAGAAACGGCAAAGACAAUAGGUGAAUUUAACCACAAAACCAGCACUGUACCGGCUGAGUUGGCUAAUGGAAACACACCAUCACCACUGUCGCCAACUUCGGUCGGAUCACAGAGCUCCGGUUACAGCUCCGGUCAGAACAAUCAUGUUGGAUCUAUGCCACCGAUGAAUUCGUCCCCCGCCCAAUGCAUUAUUAUGCCAAUAAAUGUUCACAAUGCGUAUCAAAAGCAGACCACAUUGUUUACACAUCUUUCCACCUGUCUUGAUCUUUGGGAGCAAGCAGACAGCUUAGUUUCACGGGGGAAACAUGUCGACUUUUUCAUCGAACUGGAUCAUGAAAAUGGACCUAUGACGCUUCACAGCUCGUUACAUAAUGUCGUAAAAUACGUGCAAGCCGGUAUUCAGAAACUGCGGCGCAUGUAACAUUGGGCAUUGUUGGUAGAACCGGUGCAGAAGCGGCUAGAACCAUUCUAGCUAGUUUGCUAAUUCUUAUUGACAAUAAUGAGCAACGAUAAAAAAAAACGAUGAGAGCGGUGCUAAACAUGGAAGGAAACACGAAAAUGUGCAUGUG